UUUUUUUUGGACAUCGCACCAAAUUUUUUUUUGGUUUCCUCAAUUAACCAAUAAGGCUAUCUGAAAGCAGUAAAAUUAAAUUAAUCAGUACAGCAUUGUAGAUAAAGCCAAAAGCCAUAUUGAAGCAGAACUAAAACGGUUAAAGAAAAGACGCACAAAUGGAUUUUACAACAUUUGCCAAGUCAAACACUGUGGACGCGAAUAAUGACAAGAACACUUCGGACUUAUACUUUUGGAAGCAUGUGGAAUAUAUUGAGAAUCACGGAAAAGAUCAGGACGAUUAUGAAUACUGCAUGACGGAGUUUCUACGGAUGUCGGGCAUCUAUUGGGGCGUCACAGCCUUGGACAUCAUGAAUCAACUGGAACGUUUGGAUCGUGCCUUUAUCAUAGACUUCGUACGGCGAUGCCAAUGCCCAGCGACAGGUGGGUUUGCGCCAUGUGAAGGUCACGAUCCACACAUACUGUAUACGCUGUCUGCCAUACAAAUCCUCUGCAUUUAUGAUGCUUUGAAUGAAAUUGACUGUGAAGCUGUUGUGCGCUAUGUUGUUGGUUUGCAACAAUUCGAUGGCAGCUUUUUUGGUGACAAGUGGGGUGAGGUUGAUACACGUUUUAGCUUUUGCGCCGUUGCAAUACUUUCGCUUUUGGGACGUAUGGAAGGCACUAUUAACGUUGACCGCGCUGUCAAAUUCGUAAUGUCAUGUUGUAAUCAAACUGAUGGUGGCUUCGGUUCGAAACCGGGCGCCGAAUCUCAUGCCGGGCUCAUAUAUUGCUGUGUCGGAUUUUUAUCGUUGACGAAAAGGUUACAUUUACUCGAUAUCGAUAAGUUGGGCUGGUGGUUGUGUGAACGCCAAUUACCCUCGGGUGGUCUAAAUGGACGUCCUGAAAAACUGCCUGACGUCUGCUAUUCAUGGUGGGUGCUCUCCUCAUUAACUAUAAUGGGACGUCUGCAUUGGAUUAGUGCUGAAAAGUUGAAGCAGUUCAUACUCUCGUGUCAAGAUCAUGAAACUGGUGGCUUUGCUGAUCGCACUGGCAAUUUGCCUGACAUAUUUCACACGCUCUUUGGCAUUGGAGCGCUCUCUUUAUUGGGCUUUGACGGGCUCAAGGCGAUUAAUCCAACUCUCUGCAUGCCCCAAUACGUAAUCGAUCGCUUGGGCGUAAAUCCACAGAUACUGCCAAGACCAUAAUAAGAAAAUAAAGUGCAAGGUUUAAUUGAACAACAAAAGCAGCUGUUAUGCGCAAAAUUGUAAAAGCUAUUGUUGAAAGGAUUUUUUUUUUGUUAUACCUGCAAGUGCUACCAAAUCGGUAAAAAGUGAAAUUUGUUAACAUAUUUUGUUUACUUUCUUAUACUAACAAUCGACCAAAACACUGUCAACUAAAUUGAAUAUCUCCGAAAGACAGGAAAAUAGUUAAAGAAUGCAUGUAAAUUACGCAACUACUGUAGCCCCAAUCUAUUUUUUUAUUGCAUUGACCGUAUCAAAGAAAUAUUGUGUAGCUUUAUUUUUGCACUAAACAAUUCAAAUAUACACAUUUACAUUUAAGCUUAGUUUAUAAAGUUGAAUAGACAAUGAAAAUGUAAGAGACCAUAGUUAAAGACCCACAAAAAAUGACAAACUACUAAUACAAUGAAUAUCAUUAAUAAAAAUAUCUACAUAUACAUAUAAUUUAGAA